ACUCUGUAAAUUCAAAUCAAGUGUAAGGGCAGACAUUUUUGUUUAAUGAAUACAAGUUUUAAUAGAAUUCUUCCUCCUUUAGGCAGAGCUUUUACAGAAUGAAGAGAAGGAACGUUGUAUGAAAAUGUGUUUCGUACUUCAUUCAAAUUGUCUAAAUUAUAUUUGUGCAUCAUUAAUCAAUCGUAACAUUACGUAAUCUGUAUUUUUGUUAUACUAGCUAUUGCAUAUUUCUUAUAUCUCUAAUAAUAGAGAGUAAAUACAAGCAAUCAUAAUACGUAAAUGCUUAUCUUAUCUAUUCUUUUUCUAAAUAGGACACUUCGUUUAAUUAUCAUUUUACUCAAAUUGACCAUGGCUAAUACAUCAAAGAUUGACAAUAACUUAUUCAAAGUUCCUCUUAGCACUGGAUUUAGGAGAUUUUUCUAUUUCGUCAAACCGGAAGAAAGCUCCUUUGAUAGUCCCGAAAAUGUACCUAGUUAUAUUAAUGAGGCUUUACCAUUCUUCUUUGUAUUGAUAAUAACCGAAAACAUCAUCAAUUGGUACAAAGACAAAAAAAUGAUGAGACUAAACGAUGCUAUGUCAUCUAUAUCCGCUGGUAUAAUAAGUCAACUACCUCUUCUAUUUGGAAGGUCGAUUGAAGUUGUCGUUUUUUGCUACGUUCACAAACACUAUAAGAUUGCAGAAUUGAAUUGGAAUAGUCCUAUUACAUGGUGGAUCGGCUUUUUGGGUGUUGAUUUGGGAUACUAUUGUUUACAUAGGGCUGGACAUGAAAUUAAUCUUUUUUGGGCUGCUCAUCAGGUUCAUCACAGUUCUCAAGAUUACAAUUUAUCAACGGCUCUAAGACAAUCGAUAUUUCAAAGGUAUUGUUCAUGGAUGUUCUACGCUCCUUUAGCCUUAUUUCUUCCUCCUCAAGUGUACAUGGUCCAUGUACAAUUUAAUCUGUUAUAUCAAUAUUGGAUACAUACUGAGUUAAUUGACACUUUGGGCCCACUUGAAUGGAUUAUGAAUACGCCAAGCCAUCAUAGAGUGCAUCAUGGAAGAAAUCCAUACUGCAUUGACAAAAACUACGCGGGUACCCUUAUUAUUUGGGAUAGAUUGUUUGGAACUUUCCAAGCCGAAGAACGGGAAGUAUCUUAUGGCCUUGUGCAUCCUUUACAAACCUGGAAUCCUUUUAACGUACAACUAUGCCAUUUUAAAUGGAUUUGGUUAAGAUUUAAUCAGGAAAAAACAAUCUUAGAUAAAUUAUCAACCAUAUUCAAAGGUCCUGGAUGGCAUAAGGGAACACCACGUCUCGGUAAACACGAGGAACUACCAGAAGUAAGAUAAUUCUCCUAUGAGGAAAAAAUUACUAAACUUUAAUUAAAAAUAUCCUCAUUAAAAGGUAGAAUAUCCGGUUAAACUUUAUGACAAUCACCUGCCUUAUUGGUACAAUAUCUACGUGUUUGCACAUUUUUUGAUACUAAUUGUGGCUUAUACGGAAUUGGUUCAAUUUAAAACCGUAAACUAGACAUAUUCCAACAAAUUUAUCAAAGAGAAUUAUAUUUUUCUUAUAUAUUUAUUACAGAUAAUGACGUCAUACCAAAUAACUUUGGCUAUAUUAUUUAUUUUAUACAGUUUAACGACCUUUGGUGCCCUUAACGAUAAAAAAAUUUAUGGUUGUUAUAUGGAAUCUGUAAGACUUUUAAUAUUCAUGGCGUUAUAUUUCUAUUUCGAUCCGGAAAAGAAGUUUCCAUCAAAACAUUAUUUCUAUAAUGGUAUUAAAGUUUUCUCAACUUUUAGCUUUUGUUUAUUUACUCUAAUUGCUAAUCGACAAUAUACAACUGGAAUAAAUUACUGCCAUGAAAUCACUCAAAAAACCAAGAAAUUAUUAUAAGAAUAUUGUUUUUCUUUUAUAAAAAAAAACAAAAACUGUUCUCUAGAAAGUUGUUUCUUUCUCUAUCUAUUCUAUCUAUCUUUGCUUGCUACCUAUUUUUAAAAAUGAUCUUUAAGCUUCAAAAUAUAUGUGAAUAAAAAGAAUUCCAC